AUGGACAUCUUCAAGGAAGCUGGCAACUUGGCCCAACAGGCCCAAAAUCUGUAUAUUGAACUGUUGUCGGACAUCGAUGGCUCAGAAAAGAACCUGCAACUUGCGCUCUUUUUCGUGGUUUUUAACCCUACUUUCUGGAAUAUCGCAGCUCGCUUGGAGUACAACACGCAUUUCAUAACCAAAAUCGCGGGCUCUCCAAAACGGGGCUGCUAUCUGCUAGCGUUUACGAUCUUCUCGCUGGGAAUUGUGCGCGACUACUUCUACCAUCAGGCAUUGGGUUUGCAGAAGACGUCUGCUGCUCUCGACAACGACACGGUCAAGACCGUCGGAAUGGCUUUGACCGGUGUGGGCCAAAUCCUAGUGGUAACCUCGAUGUACCAACUCGGCGUCACGGGCACGUACCUGGGCGACUACUUCGGAAUCCUGAUGGAACGCAUUGUGACCUCGUUCCCCUUCAACGUCAGCAACAACCCCAUGUACCACGGCUCCACUUUGACAUUUUUGGGAACUGCGUUGUACUACGGCAAAGCCGCAGGUGUUUUCGCCACUCUCCUGGUCAACUUGAUGUACAACAUCGCCCAGCAAUUCGAGGAGCCCUUUACUGCCAAGAUCUACGCCAAGAGGGACUCCGAAAGAGCGGAAAAGGCUUCCAAAUCGCAGUAA